AUGGUGAAGAUCGAAGCCUUUGCGGUCGAGCAGUGGAUGGACAAGUAUGAGACCACUGCAAAGUAUAACAAUGCCGAGACAUGUUGCGCCUCCAUCUCUGUCGAGGAUCUCUGUGCAAUUUCCGACAACAAGGAAUCCAAUCCUUUGACCCAGCUCCAAUCCACCAAACUCACGUAUGGAGCAAUUCGCGGGUCCGAUAAGCUGCGAACUACCCUAUCCAAUCUAUACUCAGCAAGAGCACCGACUGUGUUGCCAAAGGAUAAUAUCUUGAUCACUGCCGGUGCAAUUCAAGCGAACUUUUUGUUGUUGUAUACAUUGGUUGGCCCGGGGGAUCAUGUCAUCUGCCAUUAUCCAACAUACCAGCAGCUAUACUCUAUUCCUAAAUCAUUAGGGGCGGAGGUCAGCCUGUGGAAGUCGAAGGAGGCCAAUGGGUGGCUCUUGGAUCUGGAAGAGCUGAAAAGUCUCAUCCGUCCCAACACAAAGUUGAUUAUCAUAAACAAUCCCCAAAACCCUACCGGAGCAAUAAUCCCGCGCGAUACUCUCGAAAAACUGGUAGAAAUUGCCCGCGAGAAGUCUAUCAUAAUCCACUCCGAUGAGGUCUAUCGCCCAAUAUUUCAUGGUAUUAGCCCCGCAGACCCAAAGUUCCCACCGACUAUUCUGUCUCUGGGAUAUGAACGCACUGUGGCGACAGGAUCAGUUUCCAAAGCCUACAGCUUGGCGGGUCUGCGAGUUGGCUGGGUUGCGUCGCGUGACAAGUCCAUUGUCGAGUCUAUUGCUGAUGCGCGCGAUUAUACCACCAUUUCAGUUGGACAGAUUGACGAUGCAAUUGCCAGUUUUGCGUUGGCUCCAGAUUGCAUCCACAAUCUGUUGAAGCGGAAUAUCGAUCUGGCCCGGACUAAUCUGGCCAUUCUGGAGAAAUUCAUCGACUCCCACCGAUGGGCGUGUGAUUGGGUGAAGCCACAAGCUGGCACCACUGCAUUCGUUCGGUUCAAUAAGAUGGGAAAACCGGUGGACGACGUCGCCUUCUGUGAGAUGCUCCAGGAACGGACCGGUGUUAUGUUUGUGCCGGGAAGCCUUUGCUUCGGUGGCGGAGAAGACUUUAAAGGAUAUGUUCGCAUUGGGUUUGUCAAUGAGACGGAGGUUUUGGAGCAAGGGCUGAAUGCCCUGCAUGGGUUUAUGGAAGAUGGCUAUGAAGAUGUGCCAUCAGUGAAAAAGCUUGUCAGCAGGUGA